GUCACCCAUCGGCCACCAUCCACCACCACCUCCGCGGCCACAGGCACGCCCUCAUCCGCGGCCGCAUCGUCCUUGACCACAUCGGGGCCUUCGGCACGGAUGGUCUCCGAGCCCUUGCUACUCGGGGUUGACGGCCGCAAGGAUGCCCGGGUCGAGGACACGCUCGCGUGCCUCACCACCGAGGAGAAGGUCGGCGUGCUUUCUGGUUGCGGCAUGUGGGAGGCUGGCGGCGUCCCCAGGAUCGGCCUGCCGCCCCUGCGCAUGAGCGACGGCCCUCACGGCGCGCGGGGCCUGAGCCUCUCGGGGGAGGAGGGCGCCGCGCUGGCGCCGUGCGAGGCGGCGCUGGCCGCGACGUUCAACGAGGCGCUGGUUGAAGAGGUGGGCUCCCUGCUGGGCCAGGAGUGCGCGAGCCGCGGCGCCCACGUGCUGCUGGGCCCCUGCCUCAACCUGCAGCGCUGGCCGCUGUGCGGCCGGCACUUCGAGUGCUUCUCGGAGGACCCGUACCUGUCGGGGCGCGCGGCGGUGGCCUACGUGCAGCGGCACGUUGCCGCGUGCGCCAAGCAUUUUGUGUGCAACGACCAGGAGGACUACAGGCACACCCUGAGCUCUGUGAUCGACGAGCGCACGCUCCGGGAGGCCUACCUGGCUCCCUUCGAGGCAGCUGUCAUCGAGGGCGGCGUGGAAUCAGUGAUGUGCGGGUACAACCGCCUGAACGGCACCUUCUGCACGGAGUCCGAGUGGCUCCUGCAGCACGUCCUCCGCGAUGAGUGGGGCUUCCAGGGCUUCGUGCUCAGCGACUGGUUCGGAAAUCGGUCCACGGUCCCCGCCAUCCGCGCCGGGCUCAACGUCGAGAUGCCGGGGGUGGAGCCCCGGCACUUCGGCGGCUACCUCCUGCAGGCGGUCCGUGACGGCGAGGUAUCGUCCGCGCUGCUCAACGAGCGCUGCCGCCCCGUCCUCCGCACGCUGCUGAAGCCCCGGGACGAGGCUGGCGGCCCGCCCGCCGCCGCGCCGAGGCAGGAGCUGCUGCGCCGCGCGGCGUCGGAGGCGCUGGUGCUGCUCAAGAACGAG